GUUCCAACAAGUUUGCCGCUCUGCGGCGGAGUCGGUUCCCUUUUCCCUGCGUUCACGACCAUGGGACGUAUAACAUUCCACAUUGUUACAUUUGUCUUGCUUCUCUCCUGUAUCGAUGUUUUCGGAAAGCCGGCUUUGAAUGGUAAGUGAAACGAAGACAGGGUGCUUACCACGAAAAUGAAUAUCUUUGUUUUUGUUAGCCUGAUCAAUGAAAAAAGCGAACGUAUUUCACUACCAUACUUAACAAGGUUUUACAGUACUUUUCAACCGUAAGCACAGGCGACCAAGUUCCGUAGGACCCACCAUUUAAAUUUAUAGGACGAUGUAUCGCAAUAAGCGGAGAAUUUCUUGAAAUUCUGUCUUUCGGUUACGUUUGCAGAUUCCAAAUUAUAACUGGUGUUCCAUAUGUUAAUAUUGCGUCUUGUGCAAACUCAAUUUACCCAUUUAGGAUCGCCUUUAGGAUCAUUUUCAAGCAUUUUUUUAACAAUUUUAAAAAAACUUGCCAUCUUGGUUUACGCUUCUAAAAGGAAAAAGCUGUAGACUUCUCAAACCCUCUUGAGUCGCCUGUUCAAAACUAACUCGAAGUGGCAUAAAAACGUUUAAGUUCCUACUCAGCAAUGGUAACUUAAAAUCUAAAUCUCGCUCAACCAGUUUCAAAAUAAUAAACAGUUAUUCACCGAAGUGAAGGUGAAUAGGGGUGAAUAUUAACCGAGUCACAAAGCGGCGAUGGAAAUAUUCACCGUUUUCACCGACACUGAGGUGGAAUUCAAAUAAACAGAUAUCAAAAAAUUAGUUUAUUUCUUUUAAUAUACCGAAAUUAAACUCUUGACGCGCGGUUUUGUCUGAUCGUUUGCUUGGAGGGGAAUAGAACUUGCUAUUUACUUCCGAAUUAGCCAAUCAUCGCACGCAAAAAGCACAAUUCAAUUGUGUGGUAUACACUAAAUGGCCCUAUUGUCGAUCAGAUAGAAAGAUAUGCAACAUGAACACAAUUUACGAAAUUUUUAUGGCGUAUAAUUUUAAUUUUAGGACUUAUUUUCUUUCCCGUUCUCUAACUAAAAAAAAUCUAGAUUCCAUACAAGUUUCCUGAAAGCCUGGGCCGCUAGCGCUUCCAGGAAUUAAAUCACCAUAUCAUAUAUUUCGCGUGAAGCAUCGUCAAAAUUUAUACGUGGCCAUUGCUUUUCAAAGUUUAGUAAGAAGUGCACAAACUUCGGGAUUUCUCUUUUAAUUUAGAUUAUAUUUAAAGUGAAGAUAGGGAAUCUAAAAGCGUGCAGUGUAGAAGAACGGAAGAAAUACGAGAAAUGUUGGUGUACCUAGUUAUGGAUCAUUUAUCAAUGGGGCUAAUAAUUUAAGAGUUUUUACCGAGAAGGUUCACCACAGAAAUGCUGUUUAAAAUGGUGCCUAAAUUUCAAACUUCCCUGCGUAUCACCUCAUUUUAAAUUCAAUUCAACUCUAUUCAGUUGCUUUACAUAUUGUCGCAGUAUUUUAGAAAAAAAGGUAAAUAAAGUAUGUUUUAACGAAAGAAGACUUACCUUCGUAGGAGAUGUUCUUUUGUUAAGGUGCAUUUCUGAUAACAAGGUACUCUCACGAUUCUGGAACCACAUUGUCGUAAUGUGCUCGAGGAAAAAAAUGCGGAGAACCCGUUAAAACGGAUAGCCACGUUAAGUUUACAUUAUGUGGUGCUGGUGCCAAAAUAAACAAACAUUUUUUAUUUCUUGACAGUAACCUGUCAUCGCUGUGUGACAAAUCCUGGAACUGAUAGCCUGUGUACCGCGCCCCCAGCCUUAAAACAAACAAACAAUUCGGGAAAGGGCUCCUUCCCAAUUUUUUUUAUAGGUUAGGAGGCGGCUAUAAAUAGGCCAUAGUAUCGACAGUAUUUGGAAGUACGUACCUUACUUAUAAAGAAACAUCUGAGUUUACAGAUCAAGGAAGCUUUGUUUUUUAAAAAAAUGAACUACAGAUCAAGGUUUUCCAUACAUUUUUAGAAUUGCAGUAAUAACUAAUUCUGAGAUGUGUUCACUUAAAAAAUUGAUAACCCUGCCCUUUUUCUUCUUUUUCUAUUUCACAAAGAGGAAAAUAGAAACUUGUGCGAAUCGGAGGAUGAUAAAGCCGAGUGCAUUAAAGAAAUCGAGGAGGCAAAAGCGAGCCCUGUAGCUGAGGAAAAUCCAGGUGAGAAAAUUUCAAAUUUGUUCAGUUUUAAAUACCAAUAAAGGGUUAAUCAGACUCGAAAAAGAGUCCACAGUCCACCCGUACAAAGUCUUCUUUUAAAAGUGCGUGGCACAGGUAUGCGAGGUGAGCUGGGAGAAAGGUGUGAUUUGACUUCUCCCUGCCCAGACCUUCCGCGUUUUGAAGAUCACCGUAAGCAAGCCGGGGUCAAUAGCCACUUCACUGUUGUUUUUGCGGAAAAUUUUUUUCCAAUUAAAACUGAUUUUUAUUUCAAUUAAGUUGAUUGGAGGUUGUUUUUGCCUCUUUUGCGUCGUCUGUAAGGCUCCAAAGUCUUUCAUACCGAGCUCAGAGUGAUCUGUCAUUAUUUAUCUCUAGAUGGGGGUCGGAGGAUUUGGGGGGGAAGGGGGGGAAAGAAAUCACGUGGUUUUCAGGGGAACGGAGUGGGGAUCAGUCGUCGCUAACAGAGUAUAGAGAGAAGGGGAGACUAUACAAAAUCGUCUACCAAGGAGGGGUAUCAUUAAAAUACUACAGGGUCUAUGGUGGAGAUCAGGUAAAUUUAACUGUGACAACCAAAAUAGUUCGACCGCUUCAAGCGAUAAUGAAAUAAUGACCGGUCCCAUACCAAAGGUUUAUUGUUGGCUUUUUUUCUUUUUUGUUAAAUUGUUGUUCUUAUCAUUGCAUUUAGUACUACGUAUCUAUAUAUAUCCGUGGAUUGUUAUCAGGUCCUACAUGACGAAACUUUCCAAAGAGCCAACUCGUCUCGUCCACUUGGCUUCACAAAGUCAAUCUCGUUCCCAAGGCUCUUUUCACAUUUCAAGGGAAAAUGGGGCCCUGGGAACGAAGUUACUGUCGAUUUUCUUCAAGUCAGGCUAAGGUUUUACAGGCUAAGAAGCCCAGCUCGGAAGGAGCAUAUCUAUAUAUCAUAAGUUUCCAAAGCAUGACGCACUUUAAAGUAUUGCUACUCUUUCCAGAUCAGUUGGCCCAUUUUGAUAAAUGGCAGGCCUAAUUUGUUUUGUCUUAAGUACAACAAAAUUAUUGCCUUCCUAUAACCAUUCGCUCUGACGAAGAGCUAACACUCGAAACGUCAGCUUAGAAACUCUUUACGGUGGCCAAUUUAUGUUGUCAAAUCAGGUGAUAAAACCAAAAUAUCUUAUUAAAGCUUUCCUAGCCUCGUCAACACGUACAAAAUCGAUAGAAUUUCUACUCGAAAGGACGGACGAGAAGGCUUAUUUACAUGCACCAUAAGAAUAUUCCUUUGCAUGCACACAAGUGAAUGGCAUACACGCCUGCCUUUAUGAUGAAAUAGGUCUUUCCAGUCCAUUGCAUUUUUUAAAAGGAAAACUGAAAAUUAAAGAAGACAAAACAAAAACAUCUGCUGCAAGAGCCUGCCACAGUAAUAUAUAACUUAACACAAACAAAAAUUGUGGGAAUUUUUUUUCGUUGCCUCGUUGCUUUUAUUCGGUGAUUGGAAAAAAUCGCACAACUCCGUUUUGUUCCUCUAUUUUGAUCUUAUUAAUUUGAUAAAGUAAGCAAUCAGCCUCGAUUUAGAACCCAGCACUCACCAAUGCACUCAGUGUCGUAUUUACUGCGUGGAUGAUAGGUAAAAAAAAAACCUUUCCCUUCUGAUGUUGCUGGUGAGAAAGAUCAGACGUACCGGUGGAAAUUCACGAGAGAGUAACAAUUUUAUCUACAGACACAAAAAGUGACCAAAAUACAAAAAAACUUUCGGAGCGUAUCUCGUUCAGUUUUUUGGCAGUAAGAUAGAAUUCUUGGAUUUUACUCUUCGUCAUAACUACAGCGGGAGACCUAUCUGAUAUUAGAAUGAGACCCAAGCAUGUACAUUUGCUCCGAUCAUAGUAGUUUCCAACACUUGCGAUAAUCCCAUUAGGCUGGUGAGCACCUUGUUACAUUUAUUCCUUGGCGUGUUGGUCUACGGGUGUAACCAAUCGCCCAAACCAGCGCACCCAAUGACCUGUGCAUAUCAAUAAAGGGUUCUGUUUGACUAAACAAGAAGGAAAACUGACGCUCUACUACCUACCAUUGUGAUUUUAUUUUCAGAAUAAACAAAAUUAAUAAUAGUUAUAAUCUGAAUAAUAAUUCGAAUACAUACUUAUCACUUCAUUCUGAAUCCUGGCAACAAACGGAUAUCAUAACAACUUUCUUUUAUAUUUCCAGCAGAGAAUUUCACAUCAAAGCUUAAAUCAUGAAUUCGUUUUAUCUUGCCGGGAAGCUUUUAUUACCGACCAACAUUUUAACACUCUAGUUUUGAACAGUCCACUUUGUUAGUUGACAUAGCUGUUGAUAGACAAUGGAAAAUUUGUAAGAAAGAUUCAUAAGUAUAGUUACACAAUUUUUGGUGAAUUAGACCAUUGGAAACAUAUUUAUAACUCGGCUUGUAUCAUAAAUAAAAACGAUUCCAUUUAAAUAAAUGAUCUAGCUUUACGUAAAAAAAUUCCAAGCCUGGAGUGUUGAUUGUCGCAGGUUUUUGUUUAGCCACACUGACACGCCUUGGAGCUCUUUAGAUGCACGAAAACAAAGAUGAACUGACCCUCUUUGUGAUAACCCUCUUUGUGAUGUGUUGGCACUGUGAUUCAUUGAAUUUCCCACGCGAUCACUGGCAGUUAUUCACCUCUUUCCUCUCUAUUCAAACAUCUUUCCAGCUGAAUCUUGGCCUUCUUUCCAUUAUUUCUGAACACCGAGACGAGAUCGUUUCUUGGUUAUUCUCCUCCCGAACCGUUGUUGAACAGCUUCAAAGCGGGUUCCUUUUAUUAGAGAAAAAAGCCCCAACCAGCACCUUUAUGUAAAUUUGAUUUGUUGUUCUCGAAUCUGUUGAGAAAGCCAUUCCAAACCCUCGUAGAGACCCUUUCCCUUAAGCGCACAGGUGGCCUGAAUGUACCAGUUUCUUCCUUUGAGACUGUGAAGCCCUAAUUUAUCGCUUAACUCCGCAGUGGACAUGGCGUUGGGUAAAUCCUGCUUAUUUGCAAAGACCAAAAGAACAGCUUCCUGAAGUUCAUCCUCGGCUAGAAGACGGAACAACUCAUUUUUCGCUUCCGCGACACGAUUCCUAUCGCUGCUAUCUACAACAAAAAUAAGUCCCUGGGUUUCUUGGUAAUACAGCCUCCAUAGAACACGAAUUUUGUCUUGCCCUCCGAUAUCCCACACAGUAAAACUUAUGUUUUUGUAUUCAACUGUCUCGACGUUGAAUCCAAUCGUCGGUAUUGUGGUGACAGGUUCGUCGAGUUUCAGCUGAUAUAAAAUCGUCGUUUUUCCCGCAGCAUCUAGUCCGACCAUUAAUAUUCGGACUUCUUCUUUACCAAAGAGCCGUUUGAAUAAUCUUGUCAGAGUGUUCCCCAUGGCGUAUCUCUCCCUUGGCUGAUCGAUCCUCGUAAGUUCGUCUCACCGCGCAUAAAGAUCACGUCCUGAACACGAAAUGUCCAACAAUUAAUAUUUCAUUGUGAACCUGCAACGUGGCUGAUAUUGCGCCUGCGCGGGUGACGUCACCUGUCCUUUUUCUUGACUGUUAGUAAUCAUAAUUAAUGGUGUGAUCAACCUUUAACGUUUCCAGAAAUGGAAUUUUUCACACAGCUGGUUUCUCUUUGGCUGUUUCAAUUUGCAUUAUGGAAUUUUUCUUGUCGACCACACGACGGGUUUUGAAUAUGUGGAUUGGACUCUAAGCUUACCAAACAAAAUCUCUCAUCCCCUACCAAAUUUUAACGUCGCAGAAAUUCCCCUCACCAAUUUUGCGUUUCUUAGCAACAUUUUUCAAGAUUUUUUUUCCUUUCUAUCAUUUCAGAGGAAUCUGCCGAUAGCGAAGAAGAACCCAAAGAAGAAGAGAAAAUGGUUCCAGAGGAAGAUCAUUUAGUGAUGCUAGAAAGAGUCCGCAAGGAAUCUGAAGAAAAUAGAAAAUUUUGGCAAGAAGAAGUGUUAGCCAUGAACAAAUGGAGAAGACACUGGCUCAGCUAAGAAAAACAACGUAGAAAAAAAAAAGACUUAUUAUUUUCUUUCCCUCAAAUAGCUUUUGCAACUAGACACGUGAAACUACCAGUGUUGGUAUGAUCUCAGAUAGAGUUUAUUUUACUGGACAUUGUGAGUAAUCGAAUAUGAAACUUAACCGCCCUUAAGAGAUGUUCAAAACCAACACUGAUAUGAAACCAAUACUCGUGGAAACCUAAAGCAUAUAAACUAAGUUAUAAGCCUCUGCAGAA